GGCCUUGUUCUAUGCGUGUUCAUCAUUUGUGUACGUGUUGCUCAUAUAUAGUGUGCUGUAAGAUUCGGAACAAAAUAUUGAGAUAAAUUAGUAUCGUUCGUGGUGUGGGAAAAACCUGAUUUAAUAAGUUGCACUAAGUGAUUUUCUUUACGGUAGAAACUACAUUUAAUUUGUGAACAGUUUCAAAAGCUUUCGCAUCUUUUUCAUGUUUUCUGACUGUGAUUUCCAGUGUACUUUAAUUUAGUCAGCCGGGCAUAAUAGUAACGUUCAAGUUGAAAUCGGCGUGUUCUGCUAGUAAAAAUGACUGACGAGAAAAAAUCGGUGUUACAAGAGUACAAACUAGAAGCCGAUAAUGAGUUGCGUUUCGAAGUUGAAACCAAAGGGGAGAAGGUGUACUUAACAUUGAAAAAUGGUUUGGCGGAGAUUUUUGGAACUGAGCUGGUCAAAGGAAAAACCUACGAGUUUACAGGCGGCUCCAAAGUAGCUGUGUUCACUUGGCAUGGUUGUACAUUGCAAGUUAAAGGGAAAACAGAUGUAAUUUAUACUGCAAGGGAAACUCCUAUGGUAAUUUAUUCAAACUGCCAUGCGGCACUGGAAGAAAUGCGUACUGAGAGUGAGAUCGAAAACAAACGAGGACCCACCACCAUGGUUGUGGGCCCUACUGAUGUUGGCAAAUCUACAUUGUGCAAAAUUUUGCUCAAUUAUGCGGUGAGGAUGGGUCGCAGACCCAUAUAUGUCGAUUUAGAUGUUGGCCAAGGAGGCAUUUCAAUGCCAGGAACUAUUGGUGCAUCAGUAAUAGAAAGACCCGCUUCUGUAGAUGACGGAUUUUCACAAGAAGCCCCCCUUGUGUAUCAUUUAGGCCACAAGACUCCGUCUGGCAAUAUAUUACUCUAUCAAAAAAUUACUGAGGAACUAGCUGCGACCGUGAAAGAAAGACUGGAACCAAAUAAGAAAACGAGGCAUUCAGGCGUCAUCAUCAAUACCUGUGGAUGGGUGAAAGGAGACGGCUAUAAGCAAUUGCUGCUAGCUGGUAAGGUAUUUGAGGUGGAUGUUGUUUUGGUUUUGGACCAAGAGAGACUGUACAAUGAACUGGUGCGAGACAUGCCCAACUAUAUUAAAAUCGUAUUUCUACAAAAGAGCGGCGGUGUCGUAGAACUUUCUAAAAGUGUACGAAGUGAAGCAAGAGAUCAAAGGAUUCGAGAAUACUUUUAUGGAACUCCAAAAAAUCAAUUAUAUCCUCAUUCUUAUGAUUUGAAAUGGGCGGAUGUGAAACUCUUCAGAAUCGGUGCACCAAAGUUGCCAGCCUCAUGUUUACCUCAUGGAAUGAAACCGGAAGAUCAUAGGACAAAACUGGUACCGUUGACUCCGCAUUCAGGAAUUUCGCACCAUUUAGCGGCCGUAAGUUUCGCAGAAGCUGAGGACGACGUCAUUUGUGCGCACGUAGCCGGAUUUGUUUGCGUAUCAAAUGUGGACGAAGAAAGACAAACAAUCACCCUAUUGUCGCCGCAGCCGAAGCCAUUACCCAAUGCCGUUCUAGUUUUAUCAGACCUACAAUUUAUGGAUAGUCAUUAGGUAGAUGUUAACAAAAAACAUAUUUUUUAUCACAAAAAAGCAUUAUGUAUUUCUACUUUGUAUAUAGUUUUCGUUAUAAAUAUGUCAGCACUGAAUUGAUAGAGUACAAUUUGUAUGGUUGGUUGUAAUCGAAUACACGUUUUUUUAUCAAA